AUGUCGACAUUCGGCAAUCUUACGACGACGACAACGAUCGCUCCCUAUAUUCCAACGAGCCGACCUGUUCAGUUCAGUAUCUUAUUAACAAUUGCAAUUUUUUCCCUACCGUGUUCAAUUUUUGUUCUUCAUCACUUCUUAUCAACGAAAACGCUCUAUCGUGCUGCCAACAAUCAUGUCAUCAUUCUUUUACUUAUUAGCAAUUGUCUUCAAACUCUAACCGAUGUACCAGGGCAGCUUAGUUACUAUAUCCUAGGUGUAAAUCGGCCUCUGACGCUCAGCUAUUGUUAUUACUUUUAUUUUAUUGAUUUCUAUUUAUUUACAACCUGCUUUUUACUUUUGACGUGGUCCUCAUUCGAACGGCAUAUUCUCAUUUUCCAUAUAUAUGUCUUCAACACACAUCGUAAACGUGUGGCUUAUCAUUAUAUACCUUUGAUGAUUUGCGUAACUUAUCCAAUGAUUUAUUACGUUUACUUUAUAUUUUUCUACCCAUGUGAAAAUUACUAUGAUGAAUAUACAUCAUACUGUGUUCCAGCUUGUUAUUUGAGAACAAAUGCUAUGAUGGCUUUGUAUGAGCAGAUUGCUCACGGUUUUGCAUUGAUGCUGCUGAUUUUCAUUUUUAAUGUUUUAUUAUUUAUUCGAGUUGUUCAGCAAAAGGCUCGAAUGGGCAGACAAAUGACGUGGAAGAAGAAUCGUAAAAUGGCAGUGCAAUUAUUCAGCAUGUGUUUCUUAUUUCUUUUGACAAAUGGUGGUUACUUCGUCGUUCAAAUAGGACAAAUGUUGUAUGAUCCAACUUUUGGAGUAGAAUUUAGUCUAUGGGCAAUCCCGGUGGCUAUGUGCAUGCCACCACUGUUUCCUUUUGUAUGUUUGAGCACUUUGGAUGAAUUACACGGAAAACUGAAAAGAGCAACUCCGUGUUGGAAUCGUUGGGCCGUAGUACCUAUUACAGGCACAGAAUUACAACACUUGCCAACAACCACUUCGAGACGCCGUGAUUAUUUAAAAAAUGGUUGA